CCUCCCUCUUUCUCUCUCCCUCUCUCUCUCUCCCUCUCUCUCUCCCUCUCUCUCUCUCUCUCUCUCUCACACACACACACACACGAUGCUGAUGUACUGAUGUGGUACACUCCACACACACUCAGCACUGCGCUCUGAUCUCCACGCAGUUGGAUUCAUCACCACCACAACUACAGCAGUAGGAUGUGUGGUGUGGACGUGGAUCUGGACGAUGACGGUGUGCAGGACGAGUGUGAGGUGGAGGAAGUUUCCCAUGAUGCCGUGCAGUUGUUGGCCCCGCCUCCGGCAGAGUGUGCUGGGGAGGCGUGGGGGUCACGGCGGGGUCACGUUGUGUGUGCGCUGUGUGGCCUGAUGCUGGCGCUGUGGAAUGUGGGAGUGGGCGUGGCCUGUGGGACGCUGCUGUGUGUCGUGUUCACGCUGGUGUUAAUGCCACCAACACUCCUACUGUACACUGGCUUCCUGUGUCACACACGGGUCCUGGCUUCCCCCUCCCCUCUCUGCAGUUACCUUGACGACAACAGUUGCUCCGCCCUUAUCAUCUUAGGCUUCGUGAUGAUGUCACCGUUAGUUGUGGUUGCCGCAGCAACAUUCUGCAGCCUGCUCAGAAGAUUCCGCCUCCUUCAGCUCUUUCAGCCAAUCAGCGCAGCUCGAUACAGGGGGCGGGGCUUCGUCUGGAGGCAGGACAUUCGUGCUUGGGUCUGAUUGGACCGUUCUGCAAAUCAACAUUUUAUCUUUAAUUCCUGGACAAAGGCUGAAUUUGUGACCAUAAAUAUGGAUUAAACACACACUUGCGUGCACACAAAUAGUCGCUAACUGUGAGCAGCUACUUCGCUAAUCACAAUAUAGAAGCGAGUACUACUGACUUAAUUAAAGCCACAAUUCGGCCAAAAAUAAAACAUCCACAGUGUUUAUUUACCCAAAUAUAGUCGAUUAGCCGAGAUGUGUUUGGUGUGUGAUGUUUAAAUUAAGAGGACAUUUCUUUUUUUUUUUUUUUGCUAAUUGCUGUUAAGACUUUUUCAACUUUGUAUUAAUUUUAAAAAUUUUGCUCUCUAACUCUACAUUCACGCUAGCAGUCAGCAUCAUACCUAAUUUUCAUAAAUUUGAGGAAAAGUUGUUUCAAAUGUUGCUGAAAUGGCAGCUGCAUGUCACACGUGUGCGUAGAAAAUGAACAUCGCCUUUCACUUUGUCGCUCGUUAGCGUGAACGUAGAGUUACUGGAGUCUGAUGUAAAAUCCUGUAAAUACAAAACACACACAGAGGACGUGUUUUAACACGAACAGCUAUAAUGGCCUGACAUUCAUCUGUAUCAUUCAGGCUUUACAACACACACACACACACACACACACACACACACUUAGUUAAUCUCACGAAGGGGCCGCAGAACUGACUGUCAGUGAUUUGAAAUCGCCACCAUGAUUUUGGAAUCAUGGAACACACAGUAUAUCCACAAAGCAAAAUUAAACUGGAUUUGUGUGUGUGUGUUUGUGAGUGAGUGUGUGUGUGAGUGUGUGUGUGUGUGUGUGUGUGUGUGUGUGUUUGUGAGUGUGUGUGUGUUUGUGAGUGUGUGUGUGUGUGUUUGUGAGUGUGUGUGUGUGUGUGUUUGUGAGUGUGUGUGUGUGUGUGUGUUGACUGAUCUAAAGGAAAUACUACUAUUCACUCAUUUAAAGUAGUGAAGUGAUAUUUUAUUCACUGUUGAUACAGCAGUUAGUUCCAGUCCACUGAUCUGAUUGGACGAGCGGCGUUCUGAGAGUGCUGAGAUUUAGUAUAACGUAUCACCCUAUCAGUCAGUCUGUGCGUUACCAUAGCAACACACAACGCUCUAUCCAGCUGUGGCUUCUUUGGGAAUUAUAGCCGGAACACAAAUAAACCAUAUAGUCAAUAUUAAUUUCUUGUUUACAGACCUGAUGUAUAAAAGUAGUAUCAUACUCGCAAUCAAGUGAGUGAGAUUACCUGAGAUUACCUGUGAUCACCUAUGAUUACCUGUGAUCACCUGAAAUUACCUGUGAUCACCUAUGAUUACCUGUGAUCGCCUGUAAUCACCUGUGAUCACCUAUGGUUACCUGAGAUUACCUGAAAUUACCUGUGAUCACCUGAAAUUACCUGUGAUCACCUAUGAUUACCUGUGAUCACCUGUAAUCACCUGAGAUCACCUGAGAUUACCUGUGAUCACCUGUGAUCACCUGAGAUUACCUGUGAUCACCUGAGAUCACCUGAGAUUACCUGCGGCACUCAUGACUACAGCCGAAUCGCAGUCAUGCUGAUAUUCACCACGACAGCACUCAUGAGCGGCCAUUUUGACAUGACGUCAAGCUGAACACGAGGCUCUGGAGACCUUCCUAACUUUCCGAGUAGGAAUUCCAGGUUGAGGAGAGAGUUUUCUUUGGAUUUUGCUAGUUGGAAAUUCCAAGUACGAGCUUUUUUAAAUGAACGCAGCAUUACGUCUCUCUCUUCUUCUUCUCGUUUCUGUCCUGAGAUCAGUGUGAAGUGUUUAUUGAGAAUUUCAAUGGAAUUUUGUGUUUUUAUUAAAAUAAACUUUAUAAAGUUUAAAAGUAAAGUUCAGAUUAAAGUAUGAAACCUUCCCAUCUAAACACACUGAAGACUGCAGAAUUUAAAUCCAUCUGAUGAUGUCAUGAUGGGCGUUCCAGCAGCUGACCAAUCAGCAACUUGCUUUCUGUCCAAAUAUCCAAACUCACCUUGUAUUCAUGUAUGUAAUUCUAAUAAGACCUGUAUAAUGUGGAAUAAAAAUGAAAUAAACUGUG